AUGAAGGCUGCCAAUAGACAGAUCAAAUCAGGUUCAGGAAAACACAUGAAAAUAGUUGGAGGCCGAAGAAUACUUCAGCAGAAGAAUCUGAGCCAAGAGCUGCAACAGAAAAGAAAAAAGACAGUGUGGUGGAACUCUGCAAAUUGUGCAUGUGUAGACACAUACACAAUUGAAGUGAAAUGUUCAAAGCCAAAUAGGAAGUUGACAUUCCUGUACUUGGCCAAUGAUGUCAUACAGAACAGCAAAAGGAAAGGACCAGAAUUUACAAAAGAUUUUGCUCCAGUAAUAGUGGAAGCUUUUAAGCAUGUUUCAAGUGAGUCUGAUGAGAGUUGUAAGAAACACCUUGGCAGAGUGCUUUCUAUCUGGGAAGAAAGGUCUGUUUAUGAAAAUGAUGUAUUAGAACAACUUAGGCAAGCUUUGUAUGGAGACAGAAAGGUCAGGAAGCGUACAUAUGAACAGAUAAAAGUUGAUGAAAAUAACUGUUCACCUCGAAGUUCUCCCACUGAUCCUCCACAGACCACAGAUCUUAUUAGAGCAUUACAAGAACUAGAAAAUGCUGCCUCUGGGGAUGCAGCAGUUCAUCAAAGGAUAGCUUCUUUGCCCGUAGAGGUCCAAGAUGUGUCACUGUUAGACAGAAUAACAGAUAAGGAAUCUGGAGAGCAACUUUCCAAAAUGGUAGAUGAUGCAUGUAUGUUGCUGGCGGAUUACAAUGGCAGGUUGGCAGCUGAAAUAGAUGAUAGAAAACAGCUAACUCGAAUGUUAUCAGACUUUCUGCGAUGUCAAAAAGAAUUCCUUGCAGAGAAAGAACAUAAGCUAGAAGAGUACAAGCGCAAGCUAGCCAGAGUGUCCCAAGUCCGGAAAGAGCUCAGGUCACGCAUCCAGAACCUUCCUGAUCUCUCGCGACUCCCCAAUGUCACGGGCAGCCACGUACACCUACCAUUCGCAGGAGACAUCUACAGUGACGACUGAUUGUAAGAACAUCCUUCCAUAGCCUCUGCUUUUCUGUGAAAUGAGGGGUAGGUCAUACUGCUUGGUACUCUUGUAGUAUUAUUUUUGUAUAUUGUUGGAGAGUGUCAGUAAAAAUACUCUGAAUAAUUUAUAAAAAAAAAUGGUUCAAAAAGUUGAUUUGUUUACUAUUUUAUUGGCAAGUGAACAUAAGGGUACAUUUAUAAAAGAGUGGCAUCUGUGUCUAUUACAUUAAAGAAUGGGUAAUUAUCUUAUAUUUUGUACAGAAUUUUGUUGGAUACCCUGUAAAAAAAACUGGUAAGAUUUUUCUUAUGUACCCUAUAUUUAAUGUAGAUCCAUAUAUAAUCAAAGCAUACUUUGAAGUAUGCUCCUAAGUUGACACAUUUCAAUGACUAGGAAGGCAUUGAAACAUUAUGAAACAUAAGCAUUAUGGAAAUCACAACCUUGUGUUUGUAAGAAGGUUAUUGCAAUUUAAUGCAAAGAUAAAAGUGAUCUUACUGACUAUUAUGUUUAACUUACCCACUUCCAAAACAAGUCAGGUGGUUUAUUUUAAAGUAAAUGUUCCAAUUUUGUAUUGGAAAACAUAAAUCAUGUUACACUGAACACAUCAUCUUUAAAUGACUCAAAAUGUUGCAAUAGUUUAGUAUUUAAAAAAAUAUAUAUACAAUUGACCAUUUUAAUUAGGUAUCAAAACGGUAACUUUUCUUUUUACAGCUGCUUAGUUUCCUAGUUGGGGGACCAUUCAUUUGUAUUCUAAUCCCUUUCUGGAACAUCCGUCGCCAUCUAAAAAAGCUGAUCCCAGAAAUGUGAAGCCAUUUUACAACUUUAAUUAAAGUGAAAGGCCAUUCUCUAAACCGUCCCUAUUGUUUAAUGUCUGUUAUUAAAAUCUGACAACGCUAUACGCCAUUUAAAUGUGCAGCAGCAUGAUAGCACCAUGUUGUAGGGCAGCCGUGUGGUAGCUUUGGGCCAAAUCAUCCUCUUCCAUUGAGAAACCUAGGAGGCCAGAGUGAGCUACUGCUCCCUUACUUCCCACCGCUCCAGCAAACGUUUCUAGAUCUUCACCUUUUUUCUCAGAAAAGGAGGAGACAGUUCAGGCCUAUGUAUAAUUUAAACUAUGGAAAAAUAGUGCUGAACAGAUGUUUUUAAAAAGAUCCUUUGCAUGGCACAAAUGUGAUGUUUGUCUAUGGGUAGCUAAACUUGUGAAAACUCCUUGUUACUAUACUAAGUGCCAGCUUUUAAGUUUACUUACAAGCCUAAAGAUACAGAUAAGCACCUAGUGGCUCGCCAGAAAGUUUUGGCUCUUUUCAGUCAAUUGGAAUUAGUCACUUAACUGUUUAGGAGUGAUUUUAAAAAUGUCUGUCUGCACCUUUUGGCAUUUAAAUGACCUUGAAAACCUAGGCUGGAAGUGUUUGAGUUGGAUAUGUCAUCUGAGUAUUUAAUGAUAACAUUUUGUUCAGGGGUUUGCACUUGUCAGACAUUGUUUUGCAUCAGUUAAGUUCAAGCUUACAAAUUUAACGCUCCUUCUCACAUGAAAGCAAAUUCUUAAAAACAGUCUAUUCUACCUUCUCAAAGAUUCCAAUGAUUCAGCAUAGUCCUGGUGUGAAAUUGUUGAAGAUAGUAAUUUGGCACUUGUCAUUGACUUCCAUAGGACUAAUCUCUAGAAUAUUUGUUGAACAGAAGAUAAUAUUUCUCUUGAAAAUAGUUACACUCAAACAUAAGCACCUCAGUCCAAUUAUCCUUUCUUAUGGAAGUUGCCAUGAAUUAAACUGUGUUAAGAGAGGAAAAAAA